GAGGCCAACGCUGGACUGUUCCGAGCUUGGAUCCUAAAAGCACUGAAUCAGAGAAACAGGAGUUCAAUGAGGAGGAAAUGUAGAAGGGAGUCAGUGUUCACAGAGAAGCAAACAAGCUUUCGGGGCGAUGAGCAAUAUGUGAACUUGUUAACUGGGUCUGUUUUCUUUGACCUUAAUUUAAAUGGAGGAUUAGCCAUCUCAUCAGAGUUCCUGGUGAAAAGCCAAGGCUUGUUUUGCCUCCGGCAAACCAUAAAAGAAGGAUUUGGGAAGGAAACUAGCUGCUCAUUUCCUCAGAGAAAGCUUUUGCAUAUUUCCUUUGGCAAGGAACUUGAAGCGAUUAAAAAGCUAAUUUACUUGGACUGACUUCAAGAAAAGAAGAACACGGCGUGUUGAUAUAUAUUUUUUUCACUGUAAUGGAUUUGGAUCAGUUCUGCAGCGGAACCCAGAAGCGUGCUGGUUAUCUACCUGGAUUCAGCUCAUCAAAGGAUCUAUGAACAUACGGAUAAUAUCUGGAGUUUUUUUUUUCUUUCUUUCCAGGCAAUGACACGCCGUCAGAGAGUUAAGACGAGCAAACUAGAAUGCAAAUUAGUCUUUUCAGAAGACGUGGCUGAAGGGAGGUGCAGGAAGGCUGUGUUUGGGAAAGGAAGGUCUAAUGUCACACAUGAAGGGGGCUCGGCUCAGUCUCGUCCGCUCUCAGAAUCCUGUAAUUGUUCCGAUUCAGACACUUCAUCCCGGUGGCCUUGGAGACGGUGCGUUUCCAUGGCAGCAGGGCUGGUAUUGGCUGUGCUGCUGGCACUGUCUCAGACCUGGUGUGUUAAUGCCAUACACGAGAACCUGCUGUGGUUCUCACAGCUCCCGGAGGUCGAGCGGGAGAUCUCCUUUCGGACCGAGUGUGGACUCUACUACUCCUACUACAAGCAAAUACUGCAGGCUCCGUCCAUACAGGAAGGUCUCUCAGAGUUGAUCCAUGACAACUUGACAGAAUCCAAGAGGACUAUUAAUCUCCUGCAGAGAAUGAACAUCUACCAAGAGGUGUUUCUUGGUGUUCUCUACAGACUGCUGCCCAUACAGUCCUAUCUGGAGCCGAUGUAUUUCUAUAUUUACACAGUGUUUUCACUUCAAGCGGUGUACGUGAUCGCUUUGUACCUGACGGCGUGGCUGCUGUCGGGUUCGUGGCUGGCCGGGGUGCUCACCGGCUUCUGGUACAUCCUCAACAGGGUGGACACCACUCGUGUGGAGUUCACCAUCUCCCUCAGAGAGAACUGGUCUCUGCCCUUUCUGGCUCUCCAGGUCACAACCAUCACGUGUUACCUCCGGCCUCAGCUUGGCGCCAUACAGCAGAAGGUGAUGGUGUGGUUGAUGUACGUGAUGACCUUCUGGUUCUGCCUGACUUGGCAGUUUAACCAGUUCAUCCUUCUGGUUCAGGCUCUCAUCAUUUACAGCCUCGACUGCAUGGACUUCAUAACCACCACACAGGUGACCACGCUGUACCUGGUUCAGGUGAGCGGCUUGUUGAGCGUUUGGUUCUUUCAGUUCUGUAACUCCAUGAUUCUGGGCUCCCUGGUCCUCAGCUUCAUCGUAGCCGCGCUCUUCGUCAGACACUGGCAGUCGGCUCUGAAAGUGGGAAACCUGCUGGUCCGUUUGGCCAAACUGCUCCUCCACACCCUCCUGGUUCUCCUUCUCACCGUCACCUUGAACUACCUGACAAAGAAGGCGCUUCGGCUCAGAUCAGACGAGCACAUCUUUAAAUUCAUCAAGUCAAAGUUGGCCUUGGGGCCCACGAGAGAUUUCGAUGCCAGUCUGUAUUUGUGCGAGGAAGCCUUCGGCCUGCUGCCCUACGAUACCUUGGAACGUCUGUCUGGCACUCUGCUGCUUCAACCAUACGUCGUCACGUUGCUGGUGCUUGGCGCCGUGCUGGGAGCGGCGGCGUUGCACAACUUAAGCAGGCUGAACGUCAUCUCCGCCGAGGACGAGAAAGGACUGGGAGAGUGGAGACUUGUGUCGCUUCGUCCAGACGUGGCCUAUAACGUGCUGCAUUCACUGUUCUUCGGCCUGCUGGCUUUCAGCACAAUGAGGAUGAAGUACAUAUGGACGGGCCACAUGUGUGCAUUUGCAGCGUAUGGUGUCUGUGGAACAGACGUUUGGACUCUGAUUCUCAAAACUCUCCGCUGCAACCAUAAAAUUCUGUUGAGGCUCAUCAGAUACGCAGUUCCACUUGCAGUGAUCGCUUGCCUGUAUUACAAGUUCUGGCCAAAACUGAUGGAGGAGUUGUCGGAACUGAGGGAGUUUUACGAUCCCGACACCGUGGAGCUCAUGACCUGGAUCAGCACCAAGACGCCAAAACGGGCUGUGUUUGCCGGCAGCAUGCAGUUGCUGGCUGGAAUCAAGCUGUGCACAGGCAGAGUUCUCACCAACCACCCCCAUUAUGAAGAUAAAGACCUGCGGGAGCGGACCAGGCAGGUGUACCAGGUGUACGCGCGCCGUUCCCCGGAGGAAGUGCACGACAUACUGAGAGCUGCCGGCGCCGACUACGUGGUGCUGGAAAACAGCAUCUGUUAUGAGAGAAGGCACAGACGAGGCUGCAGACUCAGAGACCUGCUCGACCUCGCUAACGGACACAUCAUGGACGGACCAGGAGAGGACGACCCAGACUUGGUUCCCGCCUCGCACCCUCGCUUUUGUGAGGCCAUUAAGACUGAUGCGGCAGCUUACACCGCCCUGUUCACCAGAACUUUUCAGAACAAAACCUUCCACGUGUACAGACUGAAGAAGAAAUGUAAGAAAAGUGCCAAGAGCCUCGGCGAGCCCGACGUGACCCCGUAGCAGGAGCAGGGUCUGCAGAAGCUUGCAGAGCUGGGCUCGAGGACAGAGCGUGGUUCCGGCUGUGAUCGUGCCCAUUAUUUUUGAACACACAGCCUUGUAAACGGCGGAGCGGCGGCCAGGUUCACGCUCUCGGCAGGAUUGUUUUAGUUACUGGAGCAUGGAGGCUCCUGCAGGACUUCCACUUUGGGUGGCUCCAUGCCGGCACACAUAAACACCAACAUACAAAUCAGCCUGCUCAUUAGCGUCUGGUGUCCAGAUGUAAAU